AUGCAUAAAGUCUUCCUCCUCCGUGUACGGCCUCAAACACCGAAGCCCCCUUCUCCGAGCUCCAUCCGCCACCAAGAAGGCCGGAGAGGCCAUAGGCCCACGCUUCACUGCAACCACAUCUACGGCAUCUCCGUCUCCCUCACCGUCUACGGCCCCUGGGACCGCCCCGACAUGGCAUACUUCUCCUUCACCGAGAGCAUCCCCUCCGAGAAGCCCAUCACCCUCUUCCGCAUGCCCGACGGCACCGCCGUGCAACGAGAUUUCACCUACAUCGACGAUGUCGUCGUCAAGGGUUGCCUCUGCGCCCUCAACACCGCCGAGAAGCGAGGCCCUGCACAGCUGAGAAUAUAA